CUGCUCCCGCUCAAAAGUCGAUCAUAUACUUGGGUAGUGGCUGGUAGUCGCUCAGCUCGUCACUCAACAUGGCCUCGACAUCAGACACAGCUUCCAGUGGGAGCCGCAGUCCCAGCCCUUCCUUCGACCGCCAGCCGACGCCCGACCCACAGCUCGUGCAGACCUACCAUGAUCUCAUGCUCAGCACACUUCCUCAAGAUGCCCUCCCUCAGCUGACUCUUGUCGCCCAGGAGGCCUCCAAUCCACUGGCAGGGGGCGAGGCCGACGAAGAAGAUAGUAUGGUGGUGACAGAGACUGGUGAGAAGCGGCCCAUGACAAAAGGUGAAAAGCAGAAUGCCAAAAAGAAGAGGCGGAAGGAGAGAGAGAAGGCUAUGAGGAUGGAGAUUGAGAGACAGAUGGCUGAAGCCCAGGCUGUCCAGAAAGGAGAUACUGGAAAGGUCGAGGUGAGGGAAGAGAAGCUCGUCGACUUUCGGCUAUUCUCAACUUGCAAUGUCAAGCCCGUGUCUCUGCUACCUGCGCCAGAAGUGUAUCCUAUACCCGCGAAUCCGAGGUACCAACCACUGCCUGCCCACCAACAAGCCAGAAUCCAUCAGCUUGCAGUCGAAGCUGCGGUUGAAUCAGACAAUUUGGGAGGACAUCCGGACCACCCACGCUGGUCAAGAACAGACGUUACCCCACGAGAGUUCUCCGUCUCACAUCAGGCUUUAUCUACUCUCCCACACAUGUUCAUUGGUACUCUCUCUGAAGAUGCUGUUCGAACCGACCAACCCUCUAAACCCGUUGCCAAAUCCGAAUCAACCGCCAAACCCAUCUCUACGAUUCCCUUGGCCUCUUCCCAUACCUCGUGUCCUGCUCCAACCCUGCCGCCCGUAUCAAAGAAACGCACCCGGAGAGGACGUCGUGCCAUCCCCUCGAGGACCGCCCCGCAUUUCUGGGCUCCACCCAAAGGGCUAGGUGGGAAAGCGAGGGGUUAUGCUUGGGGGUUUAGAGAUAGUAGGGAAGGGAGAAGAGAGGAGGGGUGGGGUACGUAUAUCAGGGGUACCACCAUUUGAGUGAUAUUGGGUUUCUGGUCUUUUGGGCAAUCGCUACUCUUUGCGAGUACCCGUGAUCGUACCGUAUUCCUCACGAGAGGAGUUGUUGCGCUCGAUUUGUUAUUACAUAGUGCUAUCCCCCAUUAAAGUCGGAGAAAGCGGUAUGGCUUCCAAGCAAGACUGGAAGGAUCGCCUCCGGGUCACAUCCGUAGAUGGCGCAUCAAGUCGAUUUCGCGAUGCUUUGACACAUGUCGGGCUCCCCGUUCCCCGUGUCUUGCUUGGGACAAGAACAUAGGCCCAGUGGCUUCUUAAAGAGAGCCUCUACCCCUCCUCGACGUAGUUGGCAGUGUCCAUAGCUGGAAUAAGCCGAUGCACAUUGGUAGCUCUCGUCAGCCGCUGAACGGUGGGCUGUGCCUGACGCUUGGACCCUGAAACGGCAUCGUCCGAGAGCUGGCGCACUGACUUUUGUCCUCGCGUUUCCCCAAAACUA